AAAACAUAACCUUUUUCUGUCUGUCUUGUAUUUUAUUAUUUUAUACAAAUAUGUAUUAAGGUUAAAUUAUAUACACAUUUUUCUGGUUUAGCACUGCUUGGAAAAGUAUUGCAUGCAUUGUCUACAGUGCUUGGAGUUGUCACACUUAAAUUAGAUAUUAAAAACAAAGCUUUCAGGCUUAUAGAAUCCAUAAAGUUUCAAGGCCUUUGCCCCAUUCAUAUUAUAAAUCAAAAAUACCUUUGCAAAUCUGGAUGUAAAUACUGACAUAAUGAUUGCUGCCUCCAAUCCACAGGAAUUUGUUCCACGUGGCCGGCAGCAGGCUGCACGACAUCCUGGUCCUGUUGUAUUUCCAGAAACUACAAAACCUUUUGAUGAAAAUGAACUUUUGUCAAAUAAAUUAAAGAAGGUGUCAAUAGCUGACACUAGCCAAACUGAAUGGUGGACCUUACGUAAAUGCAAGACAAAUGCUACAGAAGAAAUACCAUAUGAAUCUGAAAAGACUGAAGAUAAUUAUAGAAGCAGUGAUAGUAGUUAUAAACCAAGAUACAGUGAUGCAUUAGAUGAAUCUCUGAGUUUCAAAACUACUGCUGAUGUGAGCUUUAAUAAAUAUGGAAAGAGGUUGUCUGAUACUAAUACAUCUAAGGCCAAUAAACGAAUGUCUGUUGGUACUGAGCACAAGAAUGAAUGUAAACUCUCUCAACAUUUACCAGCCUUCAAAGCAAGACCUGAUCCUAACUACAUGGAAGAAGAGUUAUAUGUAAAAGGUCACACUGUGAUAUGGUCCCAAGGGAUUGUGAAUAACUAUGAUGACCUUGAUAAUGGUCGAAAGACAAUAUGUUGCUAUACUCUACCAGCACCUAUCCAGCAAGCAGUUUGGUGCACAUUCUAUUGUGAAAAACCGGUCCUUGAUGGUAGCAUGAUGCAUCUAAGUGGAGAUGCAGCUAUUGGGACACCCAUGGAGGCGAUUUGUAUCUGUGAUUCUCAUAACAUUAAGGUGUUCAAUCCAAAAGGAGAGGAUUUCGCUGUGGCUCUUCCAUUCAAUAUUAGAAAGCUGUGGAGUACAAAGUAUGGGAUCUUUAUUGAGAAGGGGCAUGAAAGUUUUCCAAAAGAAAGUCUUUACAAAGCUCCUGCCACAUUAUACUCCCUAUCAUUUCCCUUGGAUGACAUUUGUCCCGUAGCUAUGAACCAAUCGGGGAACAUGUUCGUUUUGAAUAAUAAUGAUAUAACGCUCGUAUACACAAAUGAAAAUCCCAGUAUAUGCAUGGUUUAUGAUACAACAUCAAGACAGCAUAGUGUGUAUCGUAUUAGAAAAUUAAAACCAGAAGAAUGCGACUUCAAAGAUAGAAUGACUGAAAAUUUAUCAGUGAGCCACUCACAUAAACUGAAAAGCCGUCUGUCAAUAUGGGACAAUGUCGUAAACAGUCAAAAUGCUAUUCCACCUAGUCCUUGUAAUGCAAAACCUUCAACUUUAAGCAUCCAUGUUCCUGCAACCAGGCCCCAAAGUUCCAUGGCUGUCAUGAGUCGUUGCCAGUCACUAACUCCCACUUCUAUGGAUAGUCCAUGGAUAGACAGACAACCAAAAAUCAAUGUCAGCGUCAAAACACCUGCAGCAGACAAAUCGUUCUUUGAUUAUUCAAAGACUGUUUCAUACUUAAGAACAAAUCCAACAAUCUGCUUGGAUUUCCUGUGGAUCGACAACUACUCUGUACAAGACUCGAAUGUGGCAGGACCUGCUUCUAGAGUCUUUCUUGUGGACGAUUUCAUGGGGCAGAAAUACUUAUGUUACAUUGUGGACUCAAGAUGUCAGCUCUCUAUGGUGAAAAUCGACGUAUCAUGUUCCAACAUAUCCUUUGGGAUGCUGACUAGUAUCGGUGCUAAGGAUGCAGUGCCUAUUCCUAAUUUGCAUAUGUUUGCGAUCUUGGAGCAUAACGGAAAUGUAUCACUUUACUCAGGAUUGACAGUUGUUGGAAAGUUAUACAUAGCUGGAACCUUAGUUCAACAUAUGCCAUCACCUUACAUAAUGAGAAAUGUACAGCAGUUUAGUAGCUCCCCUUACCCAAGAAGAAGUAGCCUACUACCUCACUUAAAAACACCAGAUCUGAAGUUUGAGGAGCAUCUACUAUCGCCCGUCCUACCAACAGGGUCUGCUCCUUUGACAAAACAUGUGAAACUCCACAUGCCUGCUGAAAACGACAAUCAAAAGACCUAUAUAGCUGGGCUUAUGGAUGCAGUAGAUAAUCGAAUAACUUUGAAAUACUCGGAUGGAACCUACUACAGGGUUACUCUUCCCAUUCUAGCGUCAUCGUCGCUAAUCGAAAAUUGUAUUCUGGCGUUGAGACAAAUUUUGCAAAAAGAUUCCGCCAUGACUUUUUUAGCCAGAUGGUAUGCUUUGAGAAAUAAUAUUGGCAUGCAGAAUAUCACGAAAUACCAGGAGUGGGAGAUGUUUUGUGGUUUACUUUAUGAGCUUUUGGGUUAUGAUGAUGAACAAUCUACCGAAUCAUCUCAAAAAGACAUCCCAAUGACCCCUUCCAGUUGUCCAAAGAAACAAAAAUAUUCAACUGGUACCGACAAAGAUUGGGAAUAUCUUUUAAACUCUGAAACCAGCGUAUGCAAUGGAGCUUUGGAUCAAGAUUUGAAAAUAAAGUUGAACAAGCCCGAGUCAAAAAGAGAAUCCAAUGAGUUUGGGAUGAACCCAAGGGGUGCGUUGUUUCCUUAUAUACGUCUCAUACACUUCUCAUUGCAUUUACUGUAUGAAGAAAUGAAGUUGAAUACACUACACAGUGAAGACUUGUCAAUGCUGAUCAAAUUUUUGAAUCGACUUGCGGUAGAUUUGGGACUGAAUGAGUACAACUUGAUGUAUUGGUCAGACUUUCCAGAUGAAGUUUUGUGCGUUUUGUGUGAGCCCAGGAUACCAAGUAAUGAGCUGAAAAACAUUCAUUUUUGGCCCAGUAUCCCUGAUACUCCUGUGAAUAUCAUGAAAUACGUUUACGAGCUGUUCAAAGGAAAGAAGUUGGCUCCAUAUCCUUACCUACCAAAUGUGAAUGUUAGAUCUAGAAAUAUUGUACAGUUAUGUGGGCUUCUAACCAUGGACAAAGGUCAUUCAGAAUUACUUUCUAAUAGCUUUGUAAAGGACGUAAUUGGUGGAAGUGGUGAUGGAUCAGGAGUACCUACCACGCCAUUAUGUCAUAGUCACCGUGGUGACUCAUCAAAUGUUGAACUAGCAAUUAUGUUCAUGGUAGAUACGAAAAUCGAUACUAGCUACUUGGAAACCCUACCAGUUGGCAUCUAUUUCGUGAUCUAUAACGCUUUAUGGUCUUGCCGAGAAAACCCACCUUCUGACUGGCCUGCAGAAGCUUACCAUCUUCUAUGCAGGGAGGAUUUAGCAGCGCAAGCGAUGAAAAUUGAAAAAGAGAAACAUGAAUCUCCACACGAAUUGUUGGGAAUGUAUAGUAAUACUCAACUUGAGGAUGUCAUGCCUGGUAUCAGAGCUGAUUCUAUGAAAAUGGAUGGUAUGGAAGAUAUAGAAAACUCUCUCACGAAACUUCGGUUUAGCGAGGAUGUGAGAGUCAGUGAGGCUAGAAAAAUGUUGCAGAGUUCCAAGCCUGUUCCAAUCGUCUUGCAACAGAGUCCAGAUAUUUCAGAUCAUGACUUCAUUGAAGAACAAGAAAAACAUCUGUAUGGAAUUUGUAUCAGAACCAUGGCAUUACCAGUUGGCCGAGGAAUGUUCACACUACGUACAGCAACACCAGUGAUUACAGAGCCUCUACCGGCACCAUUGCUCUGCCUUACAGGUAAAGCACCCCCUAGGGGCACCACCAUAGAACUGAAUCACAUAGAUACCCCCACUAACAUGAACCUGUGGCCUUUAUUUCACAACGGAGUCGCGAACGGGCUCAGAGUCACUCCGGAUGCCCACAAUAUAGAUAAUUCUUGGAUCAUUCUGAAUAAGUCGAUGUGGGGCAAUGAACCGCAGGUCGAACAUGCUGGUUUCUUGUUAGCUCUGGGAUUGAAUGGGCAUCUGAAGAAUUUGGUGUACAAUAGUACGUUCAGUUAUUUGGAGAAGGCACAUGAGAUGACCAGUGUCGGAAUAUUACUGGGAUUGUCAGCCGCGUUCCGAGGAACAUGCAAUCCCAGCUUAACCAAAACUCUAGCAAUACACGUCGAGGCGCUCUUACCUCCAACAUCAAUGGAACUAGAUAUCGCGCAAACUAUUCAAGUUGCCGGCAUGUUAGGAAUUGGCCUUGUUUACCAAGGUUCGGCACAUAGACACAUCACCGAGGUAUUAUUGUCGGAAAUUGGACGACCGCCAGGCCCAGAAAUGGAAAACAGCCUAGAUAGAGAAUCAUAUUCGCUAGCAGCAGGCUUAGCGUUGGGAUUAGUGGUUUUGAAACAUGGCGGACAACCCGCAGGUCUUUCGGACUUGAACGUACCCGAUACGCUACAUUAUUAUAUGGUUGGAGGCAACAAAAGAGCUUUAACUGGAUCUCAGAAAGACAAGUACAAAACGUCGUCUUUCCAAAUACGUGAGGGGUCUUCGGUGAAUUUGGAUGUAACAGCUCCAGGUGCUACAUUAGCACUUGGUUUGAUGUACCUGGGAACAGGUAACAAAGCUGUAGCAGAUUGGAUGUCACCACCAGUGACUCAGUACCUACUCGAUUUUGUUAGACCUGAUUUCUUGUUGCUGAGGGUUCUGUCUAGAUCUUUGAUAUUGUGGGAUGAUAUCCAGCCCACAAAAGCCUGGGUUGAAUCACAGGUACCUCCCACUAUAAAACGUUUUAGUAUGGUGGAACCAAAUCACGCAUAUGAAGUAGAUUAUGAAGCUAUGAACCAAGCAUAUUGCAACAUUGUAGCUGGUGCUUGUUUCGCAUUGGGCUUGCGAUACGCUGGAACAUCAGAUGAAAAUGCUUUCUCUACUCUAUUACACUACUGCCACAUGUUCACCUCUCUCACUGCUAAAUCCAUAGCAGAGUUGGCAGGCAAAUCAACGAUUGAAACGUGUCUCAAUGUGGUCAUACUAUCAGCAUCUGCGGUGAUGGCUGGUACAGGGAACCUAGAAAUAAUGCGCUUAAUCCGCCAUCUGAGAAGGAGAGUAGGAGUCUCCAAUAGCCCUAUUGUAACAUACGGGUCUCAUUUAGCCCUUCACAUGGCGUUGGGCUUACUGUUUCUGGGAGGUGGGAGGUACACACUUUCUAAUUCGCCAGAAAGCAUCGCCGCUUUGAUAUGUGCUUUUUAUCCAAAGUUUCCCACGCACAGUAAUGACAACAGGUACCACCUUCAGGCCUUCCGUCAUUUAUAUGUUUUAGCCGUAGAAGCAAGGCUUAUAAUACCAAAGGAAGUCGAGUCUGAUGAGAUAUGUUACGCAAAUCUUAGGAUUGUUAAGCUUGAUGGGACUGCAAUGAACACAAAAGUGCCUAAUAUCAUUCCCGAUCUCAAAACAUUAGCUAAAGUUGCGGUCGAUGACGAGCGGUAUUGGCCGGUUGUGUUUGAGAGGGGGAAAAACUGGGAUCUUUUACAAAACAUCCUGUCAUCUACCGGGUACAUCGAGGUCAAGCAACGCGCCGGCUGUCUCAGCUACAUUUCAGACAAGUUUGGUUAUCACAGCCAGUUGGCCAGGACACUGACUCAUUCCGAGGUGGUGCCGUGGAAUCCAAGCCCCAACUCCAUCAUUUACUUCACCUCGGACAAGUCCAUUAAACUCUUCUGCAAGCACCUGCUGUUAGACCACGCUGGGGAAAUACUGUGCGAGAACGAGCAACGACUUAAGCGGGUGCUUACCAAGAUCACAUACGAUGCCGUCGUCAAGGACAAGUUGGUUGUCAUCCCUGUUUAUAUGUGGUUGGCUAAGUUUGUCGAAAAAUUGCCUACCUCCCCGGAUAGCCUGGCAAUCUGGCAGUACAAAAUAAUCGACAGUCAAAUCUCAAUGAAUAAAUUCGCAAACCUGAUCUCAAAGGAAAUGAUCUUGACACUUCAGCAGGAGAUUGCGCGUGUUCUGAACACAUGGGAUGACGAACUCAAGCAGUUGCUGUGCAAGUACUUGACAGGAAAGUCUUUCUGUGAUAACAUUACGAGUACAGUAUUACUAAAAAAAAUGGCGACCUACGUCGUCUUUCACGAUAUGCCAUAUAAUGUAGGAACUGAUAGCAGUGAAACGUUAGAGUUGUUCAUACGGCUGCACGAUUUGGGGUUGUGUACGAGGACUGUUGAGAAAAUCAUCAGAGCUGCUAUUUGAGAGAUGAUAAGAAGUUGGCGCUUUUUAAUUGUGCCAUUGUAUUUGUACAUAAAUAAGUUCAAUAUAUCGUUGAUCUGAAAUCGAAA